AUGUUAGAAGUUCAGUCAGAAGACGCAGGCAUAGAUGAUAAUAUCGAGAAUAGAAUAGCCUGCUUUGAACGUAAGUUUCACUUUACGUUUAUGAAAGAUCUUCCGCGAUUGGAAGAUGUGCCAUUCGUAGUCUAUGCCGAUAUUGAAUGUAUGUUGAUACCAAAAGACGAUUCGUCUGAAGAACAUAUACCCCACAGUGUAGCUUUUUACGUACAUUGUGCUUACAAUGAUACCUUGUCUAGAUAUGAGUGUAACUAUAGUGAUAAAUGUAUCGAUUGGUUUAUGUCCAGAUUAAAGUCAUUAGCUAUUUCAGUUCAUAAUUUGAUUAAAUCAUCGGUAAAAAUGCAUCCACUUACAGAACAGAAAAAUUUCGAAUAUAAUACAUCACAGAAAUGUCACAUUUGCAAUAAAUACCUCGCUGAAACUGACAAGUGUCGGGACCACUGUCAUUUUACAGGUAAAUAUCGUGGGCCGGCUCAUGUGAAUUAUAACAUUCUUUACCAACAGUCUCAUAACAUUCCAAUUGUAUUCCACAAUCUUUCCGGGUAUGAUUCACAUUUUCUCAUAGAGUCAGUAGCUAAAUAUUUUCCUGGUUCAGUUCAAUUAUUACCUAUUAAUAAAGAAAAAUACAUCGCUUUUACUAAAAAAGUUGAUGAAACAAUCAUCAGUUUACGGUUUAUUGAUUCAUUUAGAUUUAUGGCGAGUAGUAUUGAAAAGUUGGCAUCUUAUCUCAAUGAUGCUGACAAAGUUAUUACUCGCAACAGUAUUGCUGAUCCCCAACAAUUUGAAUUAGUCACACGGAAAGGAAUUUUUCCGUAUGAGUAUGUAGACAGUUGGGACAAAUUAAAUUAUACUAAAUUACCCGCAAAAAACCACUUUUUCUCUAAGUUAACGAACUCUGAUGUUUCUGAUGAUGAUUACAAACACGCGGAAAGAGUGUGGAAUACAUUUGGAAUUAAGACGUUAGCUGACAGUUUUCAAAACUUCCGGAAGAGUUGUAAACAAAUAAACAAUUUAGAUCCCUUACACUACUACACUGCGCCUGGGCUUGCAUUUGACGCAAUGCUAAAGUACACCGAUGUUUCUUUAGACCUAUUGUCAGAUCCUUCGAUGCUAUUAUUUUUCGAAAAAGGUAUUAGAGGCGGAGUGGCACAAUGUUCCAACCGAUAUGCUCGUGCUAACAAUCCAUUUAUGAGUAAUGAAUACAAUCCCGCGCGAGAGAAUUCCUACAUUAUGUAUUUCGAUGUAAAUAAUUUGUAUGGGGCUGCAAUGAGUCAGUGCUUACCAACUGGCUCAUUUAAAUGGAUUGAUGCCUCAUUAGAUUUUAUUCUCAAUAAUCCUGAUGACAGUCUCAAGGGUUACAUCUUAGAAGUGGAUCUUGAGUAUCCGAAACAUCUACACGAACAACACAAAGACUUGCCCCUUUGUCCUGAACACUUUCUCCCACCAAAUGGCACAUGCACUAAACUAGCUACAACAUUGUAUGAUAAAGAAAAGUAUGUUAUUCAUUAUUGCAACUUAAAACAGUGCAUUGAAUUGGGUAUGAGUGUAAAACAAGUACACAGAGUCUUGGAAUUCGAUCAAUCUCCAUGGUUAAAGCCAUAUAUAGAUUUGAAUACAGAGUGCCGUAAAAAAUCUGCGAAUGAAUUUGAGAAAAACUUCUACAAACUAAUGAACAAUGCUGUAUUCGGCAAGACCAUGGAGAAUGUUCGAAACCAUACAGAUGUCAGAUUGGUGAGAAAGUGGGAUGGACGAUGGGGUGCAAGAUCUUUAAUUGCAAAAUUAAACUUUCACAGCUCCACUGUCUUUGGUGAAGACAUGGUGCUUAUUGAAAUGAGUCGUGUCAAGAUUCUAUUCAAUAAGCCCUAUACGUUGGUUAUUCUAUUCUCGAUUUAUCUAAAAUUACUGUAUAUGACUUUCAUUACAAUUACAUCAAAACCAAUUUUACUCUGGAUCAAGCAAAGCUUCUCUACACUGACACCGACAGUCUAA